GAAUAAAAUCCAUAGUGACUUCGAGCAAGUGGAUCGAACCACACGCACAGUCGCACACAUGGUUACAUCACUUCGAAUGAAAAUUGAAAUUCACAAUGGACACAAGUGAUUUAAUAAUCGGCGCGAUAUUAUUAUUACUCGUAUAUUUAUACAUCUCAUACAAAAAUACAUACUCGUACUUCGAUCAAAAUGGUGUUCCUUGUGUCACACCCUGGCCAUUUAUUGGAAACGCUUUCGAUUUUAUCACGAUGAAGAAACCCUUGCCGAUCAUUCAUUUCGACGUUUACAAUCAGCUGGCACCUCAUCGAUUCGUAGGAAUGUUCAUAGGAAUGAAAAAGGCCAUCCUAAUCAGAGACCCGGAACUGAUAAAGACCGUCUUGGUUAAGGAUUUUUCCUAUUUUCAAAAUCGUAACGAGAACCCAAACAAGACAAAUUUUUUGAAUGAGAAUUUAUUUUAUAUGAAGGACGAAGAAUGGAAAAAUCUUAGAAUCAAAAUGACCAGCACAUUUACAUCGAGUAAAAUGAAACAAAUGUUUCCUCUGGUGCAAGAAUGUGGUACCAAAUUACACGCGGUUUUAGAAGAAAUCUCAAACGGAGACGAUUUCAACGCCAAAGAUAUUUGUGCUCGGUUUACCAUCGAUGUGAUUGGAAGUUGCGCAUUUGGCUUGGAUAUCAAUUCGCUCGAUAAUCCGAAUUCUGUGUUUAGAAAAAUGUGUGAUCGAGCUUUUGGAUUCAGCUAUGCAGUCAUUCUACGUCUCGUGUUUCCUAAACUUCAUGGAUUUUUCAAUUUAUUUCGAAAGAGCAAAGACGUUUGCGGAUUCUUUUUGAAUUUGGUUCAAAAAACAGUCAAGUACCGAGAGCAACACAAAAUCGUUCGAGGUGAUUUUCUCGACUUACUUAUUAACCUGAAGAAUGAAGCAGACGGUCAUAAAACUGACGAUCACCAAGCUCGCAAAGACAUUGAAAAAUUCAUCAGCCAGACAGGAGGAAAACAUUCCAAGAAUAAUGUAGACGUGACCAUCGAGAUCAUAACAGCUCAAUGUUAUCUGUUUUUCGUGGGUGGAUUCGAGCAGCCUUCUAGUACGCUGAGUUUUAUGUUACUAGAAUUGGCUCGAAAUCAACACAUCCAAGAUAAGCUCAGAGAAGAGAUUGUUAAAGUGUUGGAAAACAACAAUAAUGAAUUCACUUACGAAGCAAUGAAACAAAUGAAGUACUUAGAUAUGGUUAUAGACGAAACCUUGAGAAGGUUCCCGAUAUUCGGAAUUCUAAGCAGGGAAUGUUCCAUACCGUAUAAAAUUCCCGGCUCAGAAUAUGUUAUUCCACAAGGAACUAUCGUCUAUACAUCGAUGAAAGGAAUACAUUACGACUCGAAAUAUUACGAAAAACCAAACGAAUUCUAUCCUGAGCACUUCACCGAUGAAGCUAAAGCUAAACGACCUCAAUAUACUUUCUUGUCAUUCGGCGAUGGUCCGAGAGCUUGUAUAGCUGUACGUUUCGCCAGAAUGCAAGUAAAAGUAGGAGCUGUUAAUUUAUUGAAGGAUUUUUCUUAUCACGUGUCGCCUAAAUUGAAGCACCCGGUGGAAUUCGCUCCUGGCAUCAUAUUGUCCGAUAUCAAAGGCGGAAUUUGGUUGAAUUGUACGAGAAUUUGAAAACGAUAAAACCCAAUUGUGUACUGAGUCAAGAUGGAUGAUUAAUUACCACGCAAGCCGUAAUUAGUUAUUUUUUCAAAGUUGAAUUUUUGAACGCAGUGGUGCCAAUUUUUUGGGCAUUUUUGCCAAUUCUAACAAAUCGAGAAAAAUAUCAACUUUUUUUGAAGUUUUAGAAAGAGGCAAUAACGGUAAAAAAUUUGGCACCAUUCAUUUCAAAAUAUUUCUCCAUUUUUAUUUUUCCAUGUUUUGACAUAAUUAAUGCAAAAUAUUUCAGAAUAAAAAAUUUUCAAAACACGAA